GGGGCUCAGAGGAGAACGUUCGGCCCGCGCGCAAGCCCGAGCAUGCAGCGGGGCGGGAUACCGCACCACGCCCGAGUUCCCCGAAGCUGCCUCGCCGGAAAUCGCUCACCCUCUCUCAUGUCUUCGCAUUCUCUCAGAAUCAUCGUCCGACAGCGACAGAGGUGGAUACAGAAUCGCCGACGUGCUCCUCGCCAGACGCGGAGAACGUCCGGUAUUCAGAUGGCGACUUACUACGGGAGAUGAGCCCCCGCCCGAGCAGCCCCAAUCUUUCACGUCGCAAGUCGCUUACGUUUGCCCAGUUCUUUACCUUCUCUCCGAACCAUCGACCAACCUCGGCAGAAUCCGACGUUGAUCCAUUAGGUAUGCCCGCGGAAGGUAGUCCUCUGCCGAAGCGAUACAACAUGCAAACAAUGCCUGCAAUCGCCUCGCCGUCCAAAGCCUACUCCCAGCGGAUCCACCCAUCGCCCUCGAUUGAGGACUAUGGGCAAGUGCGCUCAUCAACGCCAACAAGCCCCGUCCCGCCCGUACGCCUUAGCAAACGGAGGUCAUUCCGGAAUAGAAUAUCCGUCCUGGAUCUGCAGAAGCUAUUCACGCAAGGGUCGUCCUCAGCUACUGCGCCAGAACCUACGCGCAGCGAUCCUGACACUGCCGGUUUGUCCAAGCUGGCGACAUCCACUUCCACGGUCUCAUCGUCAUAUUCCCUCAUCUCCGUUGGCUCUCUCUCAGAAGACGAGCUACGGAGACGUAGUGAGGAUCGAGGACCGCUUGAAGAUCAAUAUGGGGGGGAACUGGACAUGGAGAUGCGACUGGACUCGCUGCAUUUCGACUCAUUGCACUUCGACCCGGACGAAUUCUGACGAAAUGGUGUAAAUCGUGUUCCCCCCUUCAGGUUACAGGUAAUGAUCCGCAUCCGUACAUCCCGAGACGGACACCGCAAUCCCUUUCAUGCCCCCUACGACAGCAACAUGUUUUCACCGAUGUAUGAUACCAACGUAGCGCGACCCCUCGCAUCGCAUCUUGCAUACUCAUUCAUUCACCGCUUUCGUUCGUCGUUCGUCAGCCAUGCUGCUAUCCUUCGCUAUGUACUAGCUCUCGCCACUUCCACGUCGCUUUCGUUUUUGCUUUCGGAAUCGUACCAUGUUCACACGCAUGUUGGCAGUUAUUUAUGUGUAACGUUCAGGAGCAUGCUACGCACGC